UGAGGUCAUAGCAUUGCGCCGGGGCGGAUGCGACGCGCGGCGCUGAAACCAUGGCGGCGGUGGACAUACGAGGUAAUGGAGACUGGAUUCUUUUGCUUUACUGUAUCUGCUUAGGCACCUUGUUUAAGGACAGGCCACUGACUCCCGGCUCCCUUCCCGCCCCGUGUGUCUCCAUUUUGCCAUCCAUGUCCGCCAGGGCCCCUGAGGCAGAUGCAGAAAGCAGGGUCGACAGGCGUCUGUCGUCUCCAUAGGACUGGAAAGGAGGGAGUGGACGAAACCUUUGUGGGAGUCGCAGAAUAAAAGUAAUUCCAGUUAUUUAUUUAUUUUUAAAGACGCAGUGGAAUCAAGUGUCGUUGUCGUUUUUUUAAAUAAGACUCCCAAUAAGUCCUGCGCCCAAAGACAUUGUAACAUUGCGCCGAUCUGCGGCUGAGAUUAGAAGCGAUAUUAGUGGCUUUGGGGCUUUUGAAAUUAUAAACAUUAUUCUGUUGUCUAGAGAGUAGAUAAAACAAGGAAAGGAAAGACGCUAAUAACAUUACAACUUGGGAUCACCUAAUGAAAUUGCCAGGAGGUUCAGGACAAAUUCAAAAGAAACAGGUCUUUCAUAGCGAAUAACGUGUUCACUACUCCACACUGCGGCAAUAGUCACCAGGUUCAGAUGACUUCAAAAAAAGACUGAAACUGAAUCAGAAAGGAUUUCUGGGUUUGUACUCUUCUCAGUUUUAUUUCAUUACAUGAGGACUAUAUAUAUCCUUGAGAUUCUACCUAGAGUGGCAUGUUGCCUGCAGUGUUAUAAACUCAGAUAUAUAAGUUAAUUGCCGAAUAGCACCUUAAACCUAGGUUAUGGUUGCCGCAACAGAGUGUCUAGGUACCAUUCCCCCCCCCCAUGAGAUUUAUUGUUAUUAUUAAUAUCCAUUUGCGACUAGUGCGGGUCCAAUUAUGACCAUGUGGAGAUAUCUGGAUGCCAAGUUGGCAACUGACAUCUCCAUUUGACUGCCUCCCCUUUCUUACGCAGGUAAUCAAAAGAGCUUAUUUAUUACAUUUAUAUCCCACCUCCCCCCCUGCCAAGGAAUACAUGGUUUCCCCUGCUCCUCAGUUAAUACCUACAAGAACCCUGUGAGGUAGGUUAAGAGGCUGUGACUGGCCCAAGGUCACCCAGUGAGCUUCAUGACCGAGUGGGGCUUUGAACCCUGAUCUCCCAGAUCCUAGUCUAACACUCUAACCACAACACCACACUGGCUUCCUAGAGUGCUUCUGCUUUGGGGCAGGAAUAUAAAUUAAGUAGGCAAAUAAAUAUGGGGAAAGCAAAAUGUCACUUAGAGAAGGAUCUGAAAUACUUUCCUUGAAGCUUGAAUUUGUUUUUGUUCUGGAUUUUUAAAAAGUGUUUUAGUGUGUUGUAAACUACUUUGAGAUUUUUUAAAAAAUAUAAAGCUGUAUAGAAAUGAAAUGAAUCAUCAUCUCCACGAGGGGCGGGGGAUGGCACCUAAACAUACCAUUGUGGCAGUCACAACUCGGGUUUAAGGUACCAUUUGGCGAUUAGCUUAUAUAUCUGAUUUUCUAACACUGGGUGGGACACCAGUGGGGUGGGAUGGCAUGUUCCCAUUUUGCAUCAUUUUUUGUUAUAAGAAUAACCUGAAGUGCAGACAACUUUGAGGCAUUAAGCUUAAUGUUUAUUUUUGAAAUGAUUAAAACUGAAUUUCUGACACCUCAAAGAAGAAGAGAAUGAUUACAUUCGUACCUUGGAAGUCAAACAGAAUCUGUUCCAGAAGUCUGUUCAACUUCCAAAAUGUCUGGAAACCAAGGUGCUGCUUCUGAUUGGGUGCAGGAAGCUCCUGCAUCCACUCGGAAGCCAUGGCAGACUUUUGGGUUCCAAAGAACAUUUGCAAACCAGAAGACUCACUUCUGGAUUUGCGGCGUUUGGGAGCCAAAACGUUCAACUUGCAAGGCGUUCAGGAUCCAAGGUACGAUUGUAUUGAUUAGGAUUUCUUAGUCAUUUUGAGUUGGCUAUACAGUGGUACCUCUGGAUAUGAACGGGAUCCGUUCCGGAGUCCCGUUCACACCCUGAAGUAAAUGUAAGACGCGACUGCACGUGCGCAGCUCGCGUUUUUGCCGCCUCCGUGCACGCGCGUGACGUCAUUUUGAGCGGCUGCACAUACGCGAGCAGCGAAAUUCCGUUACUUCCGGGUCGCCGCAGAGCGCAACCCGAAAAUAUUCAUCCCGAAGCUACUUCAACCCGAGGUAUGACUGUACAGUCAUACCUCAUGUUACGUUUGCUUCAGGUUGAGCGUUUACAGGUUGCGUCCUGCGGCAACCCGGAAGUACUGGAAAGGGUUACUUCCAGGUUUCGGCGCUCGCACAUGCGCAGAUACACAAAAUGACAUCAUGCGCAGAAGCGGUGAAUCAUGACCCGCGUGUGUGCAGACGUGGGUUGCAUUCUUUUCAGGUUGUGAACGGGCCUAAGAAAUGGAUCCCGUUGGCAACCAGAGGUACGACUGUAGUUACUUUAAGAAGUAUUUAGAAAUAGCAGUCAAAGCUAGUCUUUUCAAGUCAUUCUGUUUGACACUGAUUUUUGCAGGUGUCAUGCUAAUAUGUUGCUGAACCUCUACGCCUGCGAAAUCAGCAUAUGGCAGUGGCUUCGUGCCGUGCUGUAUAGGUGGAUAUUUUCCACUGCAGGCAGAUUCCUAUUUUAUUAAUUAAUUUCACAGGAAAGGUUCCAUUGUUUCCACUGAUAUUCCCUAAUGUGGGAAUGCUUUCCCCUGUCUUGUAUUGCACUUGAAGAUAAAGGAGUGACUUUUUGAAGUGUUCCUGUAUUUUAGUUUGUACUACAGUGGUACCUCGGGUUACAUACGCUUCAGGUUACAUACGCUUCAGGUUACAGACUCCGCUAACCCAGAAAUAGUGCUUCAGGCUAAGAACUUUGCUUCAGGAUGAGAACAGAAAUUGUGCUCCAGCGGCGCAGCAGCAGCAGGAUUAGCUAAAGUGGUGCUUCAGGUUAAGAACAGUUUCAGGUUAAGUACAUACCUCCGGAACGAAUUAAGUACUUAACCCCCAGGUACCACUGUAUGGGUAGAAGCCCACAGUGAACAGAUAUACUAAAAAAAUAUUGAGGAUAGGUAUUGCUGAAUCUGUGGCAUCUGUGGUUUCAUUAAUUCCCACAUUUUAAUCUGCUUUUAUGAAAGAAGGUAAAUUGCUGCAUUGAGAGAAACCUUUCUCUAUAGCAGUAGAAUGGAGCAAGACACAUUUACAUAAUAAUAAGACCAUCUCUUUGCUUGCCUCUGCUUUAUGCAAGAGUUUGAGCAGCAUAUUGUUGAUGCAGCAUAUGUAUUAUUCAUAGCCCUAUUUAUGCUGCAUUAAUCAUGGUUUCCUAAGCAUCUAGAUAUGCUUUCUAUAAGAUUGCUGAAACAAUGUAAAGUGGUACUUCGGUUUUCGAACGUCUCCGUUGAUGAACAUUUCGGUUUACGAACGCUGUACACCUGGAAGUAAAUGCUUCAGUUUUCAAACACACCUCAGAAGUUGAACAUGCCACACGGCUUCGGCUGAGUGCAAGAUCCUGAGGCCUAGCUGUCAACUGUUGAGUCCUGAGCACCCACGCAACACGGAGGUGAUAUUUGGGCUUAUUUGGUGACUGUGCAAUCAAUCUGUGCUCAUCUCAUCUCAGGAGCUCUCUUGCAACCAAUUUGUUUUUGUGACUGUGCAAUCAAUCUGUGUUCACUCAAACUUCCUCUCCAGUCAGACAUGCACCUUAGAAUAGUUGCAGUGGCAGUCCUGGGUUUGCAUGUAGUAUUGGUGGAAACAUAUUACUGUAUGUUCCUGCAUCAUUUCUGACACUUCUGCAUACCCUUUUAUCUUGCACUAUGGAUUCAUAUCCUGCAUUGGAAGCAGUGUUGGAAACUCCCAUUGUUCUAGGUGCUUUUUGCGAAAAAGAAUUUCAUUAGAGCAAGCAGUUUCUGAGCUCUGGGUGCAGUACUGCACCUAAUAUUUCAGAUUAAAACUGCACAGUGGAAGGAAAGGAGGACCUUUUUCUGCUUCCCCACUUGAAGCUACUCUCUGAAGACUGGAGAAGAGACCCUCUUAAGAAUAUUAGGAGGGCAGGCAGGGGAAGCAUGGCUUUGUUUUUUGCAGCCUUCAGAUGAGGACUAGACCAUGUGAAAAAUGAAUUUAAGAUUUUAGCUUCAGUUCAUUCAUUUUCAGCUUUGUAUUCCAGUUAUAAAAAUAUGUGCCUAGAUAUUCCAUUGUUGGGCCCAUAACGUAGGUUUAAGGUGCCAUUUAGCGCCUAGCUUUCAUAUCUCAGUUUCUAACACUGAUUGGAAGUCAAGUGGAACUUCUGUGAUUCCCACUGUGGUUUAAAAUGGUUGUGCUUUGGCUCCAAACUUUCUUCAUCCACUUUCUUAAGCAUUGAGAAGUAUCGCUACACUUGCCUUGCUGCAAACCCCAUAUCAAAGCCAGCACAGAGGACAUGUUCUGCAUAUUAAUUUAGUGCUUCCUCAAACCUUACUUUCUACAUUACAUUUUAAAAAUAACUGUUUCACCUUUAAAACUUGCGUGCUUCGUCCCUUCUUGAGACUUCCAGGUAUAGGGCGGUAUACAAAUUCAACAAACAACAGCAACAACAAAAGUUUUGUACAAAGUUGAGAGAUUGACUACCCUUUAGAGAAAGUCUGCCAACUUCCUGGUGCUUGAAACCAGUUCCCCAUAGAGCAGGUCCUUGGGGAUCCUGCCAUACUCUGAGCUCCAAGCACCCAUUGAAGCAGGUGGAUAGUGGUGGACCAGCAUUUUAUUGACCAGGGCUGCCCGGCUUAAGGUGGGCAGUAGCUGACCAGUGAGACACAAUCUCUCACACUGAUGAAGACUAUCGCUAUUGUAACUAUACUUGUGCUAACCAUUCAUUUCUCUUUCUCCUCCAGAUAACCUCUUGGGAAUUUCCUGGGUUGAUAGUGCUUGGAUUCCAAUAUUAAACAGUGGAAGUGUGUUGGAUUAUUUCUCAGAGCGUAGCAACCCAUUCUAUGAUCGAACGUGCAACAAUGAAAUGGUCAAAAUGCAAAGGCUAUCGCUGGAUCACCUAAAGUAAGUUACUGCUAGACAUUGGUAAAGUAAUCCUAUAAAACAGGAAUAGGGAAUGUUCAGCCUUACAGACCUGAUUCAUCCCAGCAGGUCUCCCUAUUUGGUCCUAUUUGUUUCAGGGACACCAUGGCCAAGUGCUACAGCUCUCUUCAUAUAUAUGUUAGUUGGCAUUGCCUGCAAGCCCUGUUCUCAAGCAGUUUCCAGUUUCCUGACAACCAACUGGCUGAUGCGUGAUUGGAAACUGCUGUGUGAAGCGUUUUGCUAGCUCUUUGCUUAGAGUGUGAGAAAUGAUGGCAAAGCUCCUAGUGCAGCUCUUUCCAAGUGCCCGACAGCCACCUGGUUGUCACGUGCUUUGGAAGCAUUAUGCAAGGGACUUAAACACCCACCAGUCACCUGAUGUAAUUAUGACACCACAUGAUUGACAGAAGGAUAGUCCAGCCCACCUUUCACAACUGGCCCGCUGGAGUGGGGAAAGAGGAGGGUCUGGGCUGUUGAGACUAAAAGUUUCCUCCUGCGGUUAUAAAACAAGGUUUAGAAUGGUAGUUGUCACCUGUGAAAAGUAAACACUACCAGCAAUUGAAGUGCUAAAGCCAGAGAUGAUAGAACUUUCCCCCUCUCUUUGUCCCUAUUUUUCCUUGACAGCUGAUUCACUUAAACUGCUUGCCCUGCCCUUUUCUAUAAGCAGAAGACAAUCACCCAAUUUGUCUUAUGCUAUGGAUGAAAUAUGGGUUCAAUGAUUCUGGCUUAUGUAAGAUUAGAGAAAUGCCUGUUAACUGGUGGUCUACUGAAAGUUUCUUAUUCUGUUUUGAAAUGGUAGAUGUUGAAUGACUAAGAUACUGUGUGUCAAAAGUGAUUAAAGCAUUUACAUUUGUAAUCUAUUUUGUUCCAUGCAUAUGAGAAAUUGACAACCUUCCUGUUGAUUAUAGAAUGCUCUGCAACACAGUUGUCUGCAUAUUUUAACAUCAACUAAAGUUGGAGCUAUAAAAGAUUGCUUUAAUUAAUGUUAAAUUAAAAUUCAUUUCAAGAUGAACAACAUCAUAACUGUUUCAGAUAAUUUUUUCUAUUGCUGUUAAAGGAUAGCUUUAUUAAGUAUAUUCAAAAUAAACAAUGAACAAAUAUAUUUAUUGGGAAAGACAUACUAAUGAGCCCAAGGAAGCAAGCACUGUUUCUUUUUUUACAUUGGAUAAAGAGCCUAGACAGUAAUUUAAGUGGUCUCAUUAGUAAGCAGUUACCUUGAAAUCUCCUUUGUCUUUUAUUUCUAUUUGCUCUGAAAAUGCUGUACAAUAAGAUAACUCUUUUAUUUUUGAAUAUUCUGAAAUUUCCUAAUGAAGUCCUUGUUAGUACAAUUUGUGGCUGCGAUCCUUUAUAGUGUUGCACUUCCAAACCUGCAGAGAUUCAGAACCCAAUAACCACACUAAUCAAAUCCAAAUAUGAACACUUGAUUUUAAAUCAUCCUAUGGUUCUGUGGGUUAAACCACAGAGCCUAGGGCUUGCAGAUCAGAAGGUCGGCGGUUUGAAUCCCCGCGAUGGGGUGAGCUCCUGUUGCUUGGUCCCUGCUCCUGCCAACCUAGCAGUUCUGAAGCACGAAGUGCAAGUAGAUAAAUAGGUACCGCUCCGGCGGGAAGGUAAAUGGCGUUUCCGUGCGCUGCUCUGGUUCACCAGAAGCGGCUUAGUCAUGCUGGCCACAUGACCCGGAACCUGUACCCUGGCUCCCUCAGCCAGUAAAGCGAGAUGAGCGCCGCAACCCCAGUCAUCUGCGACCGGACCUAACGGUCAGGGGUCCCUUUACCUAUGGUGAUGUUAAGCUAUCGGUGAAUUUGGUGGGAGUCCAGCUGGUGACAAAUUUAUUAAGGACAGCAGUAUGAAACCCGAUAGAUUUAGAGCAAAUAGAUCCAUCAGGUGACUGUCAGAAAAUUACUAGGAUCUAGGACAAGUUAUUACAUGAUUUGGUCCAAGAGGGGCACACUUGGAAGUGUGCACUAGAUGACCCUUUGGGUCUCUCCUAAUUCUGUAAUACUAUGAUUCUAUAGGUGUGAUCAGUCAGCGGGAGACUUGUACUUUCAGUUGGCUUCUUUAGCCUCUACAAUAAAUAGUGGUCUUAUCUCCUUGUUCAGUCUUGUCUUUAUUCUUUCAGUCAAAUGGUUGGAGUGGAAUAUAUCCUUUUACAUGCACAAGAGCCAAUUCUCUUCAUUAUUCGUAAGCAGCAAAGACAGAGUCCGACGCAUGGUAAGGAUUUGCACAGUAUUUUGUGGAGGACAAGAUGGAAACAAAUAACAAAACAAAAAAAGGAUGGGUACGUUGCUUCCCUGUGCAGAUGCAGUGCUCACAUACAGAGGAAUCUUCACAGGGCUAAGCAAAUCUAUGUUCUCCAACCUCCCCUCAGUGCACAUACAGGAUUUGUUGUUUUUGAAGAACAAGAGGUCUCUGCAUAUCCCCAUCCAGGCUUUCUGUUCUGCUUGAUCAAGUGAAGCUCUCAUAUCUUGAGCAAACGGGGAGGAAUCUGGGCAUACAGAAGGUGCAUAUUCCACCUCCAAUUCCUCAUAUCAGCUUGUGGCUUUUUGGGGGGGCAGAGGGAUGGACAGAAAUGAGAAUCCUGUGUUUAGUGCUGUGCCCACACAGGAAAGGAUCAUAGCCUAUGCAUACUUCUGAAUGCUCCACCUGCUUUUGUUUUCCUGUUCACAGAAGCAUAGGCAGAAAUGUUAGCUCCCAGAAUUCAUGUUGCAGUUACAUUUUCUUCCUGAAUUUUGCUUUAUGGUCUAAUUUCCUUUUUGAAAUAGUAAAAGAAUGCCCUCUUGUGGCAAAAGGCAAAUAGUGCUGGUAAAAACAUGCCUAUUUGCAGUCCUAUGUUUUUAGCAGUGUUGAUGACUUGUUAUAACUAUGUAUUGCUUGUCAUGUAUAAUCUCUGUAUGUAAAGAGGAGUAAUUCCUCCCCACUGAGCAAUAAGCCACUGCAUAGUCAAUCUUAAAAACAAAACCUGCAGUAUAUAACUCAAUAUAUAAUUAUAAAUAAAAACCAGGUGAUGUGACAACAAACAGAACAACUUCUGAAUGCAGCUGUAAAAUAUCAUUAAUAAUUUUUUGGAAGAGUAAGUUCUGUUUCACUAAUGCAUUAGAGUUCUUUGAGCGUGUCAGCAAGCAUAUAGAUAGAUGUGAUCCAGUUGACACAGUGCAUUUGGACUUUCAAAAAGUUUUAACAAAAUACCUCACCCAAGACUCCUGAGUAAGCUUAGCUCCCAUGGAAUAAGAGGAAAGGACUUCUUGUGGAUCAGGAAUUGGUUAAGGUGCAGGAAGCAGAGAAGAAUGGACAGUUCUCUGAAUGAAGACAUCUAGAAAGUAGAGUCCCCCAAGAAUCAGUAUUGGAAUCUAAACUUCUUAAGUUGUUUAUGAAUGACCCAGAGUUAGGGUGAGCAGUGAGGAGGCCAGGUUGCUGAUGGUACAAAACAGCUUAAGGUCAUUAAAACAGAAAGGGAAUUCAGAGAGCUCCAAAAGGACCUCUCCAAGCUGAGCGAAUGGGCAGUAAAAUGGCAAAUGCAUUUCAGUGUAAACAAGUGCAGCCUGGAGAGCAGUACAGCAGCAAUUUCCCAUCUCAUAUACUGUGACUGAGUGAAAGUAAAAGCCAGAUAUAAAAUAACAUUAAAAUUCAUUUUACAAGUGCACACUCUCAGAUAUAAACAAACCUGAAGGUCUGUAGUCUGCAGGGAUAAGAUCCAGACACAGAUGCAGGUUUCUUUUCCUUUUCUUAGUGAACAUUUGCAUGUUUCAUUUAAAGACUCCCCAGGUGUUCAGAAAAAUGUAAGAAAAGUAACAAGAUUUUAAAAAAAGAACUUACAAUAAGGACUACAUGCACACAAAGCAGUCCUGUAGGAACAUAAUGUUUGAAACCAUUAAGCAGUCAUUUCAUUUUUUUCAUUUUUUUCUAUAGUUUUACAGCUUGUACCUUCUGUUUAAAAAUUCUCUUAGGGCAGGGGAUAGUGCAAUUGCAUAAUAAAAGAAAUAAUAAAAAUACCCAUAAGUAACAAGGAUAAAAGAACAAAAGCAAAAUGCAGCAUGGCAAUAUUGCCAAGAGCAGACUAAAAAAAGUAGAUUUUUUAAAGGUCUAGGGAAAAUAAAAAGGUAUUUUAAUAAAAAGGUAAAGGCAUGAAAAGACACCAUGUAUCUUCACCAUGUAGGAGAUCUUGGAGACAAUAUUAACAUGGACGGGUAUGUGAUGAAAGCAUAGCAGAGGGCUACCGUAGGUGGAUGUUUUCCUUUAAAAAAAUGGGAGGGACACACACACUAAACACAGGGAGGAAUACUCCUCUCCCUUGUUCUUGAUAUACGGCUCAGGUUGAGGCUUGCCUGUACAGUCGUACCUUGUUUUGCAGCCAGGAUGCAUUCCGGAAGCUCUGCCGCUAGCCAAAAAGACGCAGGGCAAAGCGCCGUGCCUGCGCACGUGCACAGAACAAUUUGCACUUCUGUGCAUGUGCAAAGUGCGAUUUAGCGCUUCUGCGCAUGCGCAACUUGCAAACCCAGAAGUAACCCGUUCCGGUAAUUCCGGGUUUGCCGCGGACGUUUGCCAGAAUGGACGCUAGACAAGGCGGACAUUCAUGGAGGUAUUACUGUACAGUCUCAAAAUGUUUUCUUUUCCAUGUUAUUUUGCUCAAGUGUUGGGCUGGCAAUAAAGCAUGAGGAGAAAGGCAUUCAAUCCCCCCCAGCUUUCUUCAUGUUUUAAUCAUGGGUUGAGAUUUGUUCUAACCAUUGAGUUUUUCUCCCCAAUACUUGCUUCAAAAGUAAAAAAAGUGGAAGAAGACUGAGCCCCCACAAACUGAGCCCUACUGGGCCAUGUGUGUGUGAUCCACAUAUGAGAGAAAUUAGGCACUCUGCUUGAUUUUGGAUAGUAGGCUUGAAUGUCCCAUGACCGAUGUACCAAAGACACUUGCAAUGACAGUUGUUCAUCUAGUGUUUUGGUAGCUGGACUAAUGUUGUGCUUUUCUUUUAUAGUUACCCCACUGGCUGAUUAUUACAUUAUUGCUGGAGUGAUUUAUCAGGCCCCUGACUUGGGGUCAGUUGUAAACUCCAGAGUGGUAAGUCUCUGUCCUGUAUUCUUAUAAUGAAGGUAUUAGCAAUGCAAGUGCUUUGGGGUUUUUUCCCCUUGUUUGUCCUCAGGUUUGGGGGCAAAAUGUGUGAAAAAAGGAUCUCCACCUUUUGUGAAAAAUGUAUGUGUUGUAGGAAGUAAGAAGAUUUACUGUUGUUCUGGACUGUUGACUUUUGAAUGGUGCCUUGUUCUUAAGUUUAAGGUUGAAUAUGCCCUGUAUCAGAAUAGGUUUCCCCCCCUUAGAGGGAGUGUUCCCAAAGUGGGGUACCACAUCUCAGAAGGCCCCCUUAAUGGUUACCAACUACCUAACUUCAGAAGAUGGAGAUAUUUGAUCCCUGAAGAUGUAUAUGUAGUAGAGAAAUUACUUCUGAGCAUGUGCAGACUACCUUGCAUUUACUCCAUGUGUUCCCACCUCCUAAGUGAAAGAUCUGGCUCAAUGGUAUUAUUCAAUCCCCCUCCCAAUCUUCCAGCCUCUGUGCAUGAAGGUACAGGGAGAUUCCACCCCAAACUCAGAGUACUGGACUACCUAUGUAUAAUGGCAUUUAUUUUGUGAGUUGGCUGGCUAAAAUAUAGCACAAUGUGGGAAAUCAUGUAUCUUGUUACAAACUUAUUUUUUUCAAGCUCAGUGCAGUACAUGGAAUCCAGUCAGCUUUUGAAGAAGCCAUGUCCUACUGCCGGUAUCACCCUUCGAAAGGCUAUUGGUGGCAUUUCAAAGAUCAAGAGGAACGAGGUAGCAUUCUAGGCUUUAAAAUACAUGCUCUUUCUCCUUUGAUAGAAAUUGUGGGCUUGGGCUUGGUGUGUUGACUUCUCUGAAAUGCCUGUCUGUUCUGCUGGUUUAAAAAUGAAUGAAUGAAUGAAUGAAUGAAUGUACCACAGGAGUUGGAAAGAGUUAAAACAUUCCAGAAAAGUAAUGGUGUCAACACAGUGUCAUUUUAGGUGUCUGGGCAUGUAGGAUGGGGCACUGUUGGUGGAAGUGAAAGCUUACAUUAAUUUAAUUCUGCAGGGAUACCAAAUCAAUUGAAGGAGCUUAGGGAACCCAGAAGGGAGAAACCUUUCUGGAAAGUUGUAGAAAAUUAAAUGUUAACUUCUGCUGCAAAACUAACCAACCAAAGAAGACAAGAAGCUUUAUUUUGUAAAUGAAGAAUGGACAGAUAAAAGAAAGUUAAAAGUUUAUGUUCUGAUGGGAUGCUUCAUUACAAUCUCUAAAUUAUUUUCAGAUAAAGCCAAACCCAAAGCCAAAAAAAAGGAAGAACCAAGUUCCAUUUUCCAGAGACAACGUGUAGAUGCAUUACUCCUAGAUCUGAGGCAAAAAUUUCCCCCGAAGUUUGUGCAGGUAUUAGUUGGGCUAACACUUUAACUGAUAAUACAGUGGUACCUCGGGUUACAAACACCUUGGGUUACAAAUACCUCAGGUUACAGACUCCGCUAACCUGGAAGUAGUACCUCGGGUUAAGAACUUUACCUCAGGAUUGUGCGCUGGCAGCAGCAGGAGGCCCCAUUAGCUAAAGUGGUACCUCAGGUUAAGAACUGUUUCAGGUUAAGAAUGGACCUUCGGAACGAAUUAAGUUCAUAACCAGAGGUACCACUGUACAUCAAUUGGAUGUAUUAAGGUUAUGUACUGUAGGUGUUAGAGCUGUCAUUCAAGCCUAAAGGUUGGCAUCUGUUAUGGUUGGCAUCUUCAACCUAUUUAUUUAAUGAAUUUAUAUACUGCCCUAUACCCGGGGGCAUCUCUUGUUAGCUGGUUUCAUGUGUUACUUGAUUUUUAAAAGUGUGAUUAUUAAAAGUGAUAUAAUUUGACUUUCCUGUGCAAAUAUGUAAUUUGGAAAUCUCUUGUGUAAUGAAAGCCAUUGCACAAGGCUAUAGAUUUGGCUUCUGCAAGAUUAAGUUCUGCCUUAAAAACCUAUUAUUUGAGAGUGUCAACAAGCAUAUACAUACACAGAAGUUGUCUAAUUGACAUGCUGUACUUAAUUUUUUUUAAUAAAAAAAAUCAACUAAAUGGUUUUUUAUAUAGGGCAGCAGUUCUUAGUAGGACAAUAGCAAGAUCAUGCCAAAGCCAGAUGCAUGUAUUUUUUUAUUAGUGACUGUUUUUCUUUUUCCUCUUCUUCACAGCAAAAGUCUGGAGAAAAACCCAUUCCAGGUGAGAAUUCAGUCAUUGUUUUUAAACAGAACUAAAUCAAAAGACAUUGCAGUUUUCUUUUCAGCUGAGGCUUAUGGGAAUAUUGCCACUGUCUAAAGUCAUGUUCACUAUAGAGAGUGAGUAGGGGAAGAGAGAGCGAGGUUCCCUGUGCUGGGACCCUAAAAAAUCACCACUUUAUUUAUAAACAUUCUGGGUGCAGGAAACUGAUUCUGUAGUAUGAAUAGAAAAUCUGAAUGCAGCAAUUCAAGUUACUGCUUUAUUCUGGCAGUUUUGCAAUAGAAAACAAUCUUACAGAAGAAUCAGAUAUAUAAAGCUGUUAGAAUUAGAUUUUCUUGGUUUUAUUUUUCCAGUGGAUCAGAUCAAGAAGGAGCCAGAGCCAACCCCUGAAGCUACAAAACAAGAGGAGAAGGACACAGCUAAGAUCAUCCAACAGAGCACCAGCACCAAAGGACCGCCAGAGAAACGGAUGAGACUGCAAUGACAGAAGGGAAGAUUAUACUCUUAAACUACAAUACAGCAAGGAAAGGAAUGACAACUGCGUGGUGGACUUUUGAUAUUUCAAGGCUCUUUUCUUUUGAACUGUUUACAAACCUGUUAGCUGCAAACCUUUAACUACAUACAGGAAGAAAUAGUUUGGCCUUUUCCCUAUUUUAAUAUUGAAGGCUGUAUUUCAUCUAGUGUACCUAACCCCCAGUGUCAUAUCUUUGGCUAGAAACCUGUCCUCUUUUAUUAAGCUUAGACCUUGGAAAAAGAUGCUUCAGGAAAGACCAUCAAGAAAAAACAAAUGCAAAACUAGCUAAUUCCUUGAUCAUUAUCUUCAUUUUACCCCUCUUUUUUACAUGUACUACAGAAUAACAAAUGUGUGGCAGGAUUAUGUGAAGAAAUGAGCAAGUUAUGCUUUGGGCUUUGAAGAAAGGUGUUGGCAGUAGAUGAAAAUAUUUUCAAAACUGUUUUACAGAAUCCAUAUAAUUGGAAGUGAAAUGUAGGCUGAAAUUUCAAAAUUUUCUUGGUAACUAUCUCAGUAAAUAACAUAAUUGGAACAAUCACUCUCUUUAUAAGCUUUUGAGUCCAUAAUGCUUUAUAUAGUGAUAAAGUUUUACCUUUGUUAAUUUUUCGUAACUGUACAGUAUAAUGUUGAAAUAAACUCAGGUACUCUGGUUUUUGAACU